GUUCCACACCCCCGACAUUACUACUACAAUUGUUGAAGUGUACAAGGACGCGAGGAAUAACCUUUUCCUAACCUGUACAGGGAUAUUUUACUGUAUUUUUAUUAAUUGACAAAAUAUACUUGUCUCUAAAGAAAGAAAGAGCGGAAAAGCGAAAAUGUCGAGAAAAGUGGUAAACGCGCCUCGGUUGCAAGGGUUGAGCCGGCUACGCGUGCGUCCAAAAAAAGAAAGACAAGCUAUUCCUUGUAGUCAAGAAAUGGCUGCACUCUUGGGUUGCUGGCAAAACAACGGUGGUAACACGAACUCUACUCAGUGUUUGAAGGUCGCCGCGUCUCUAGAAAACUGCAUGAAGAGCCAGCAUGGUAAACAGAAAUCCGAAAACACCAUCAAUUAUCACUUGGCUCGUUUAGGAAAAUUACUUUGAUGUACUGUUUCAUUCAAGUUUUAAAAAAAAAUCCCCUUCAACGAUGUCUUAUGCAAGAUGAGCUGGCGUUAUCGUCCAAGCAGAAUGUCCGUUCAUCCUAACCAAAACCCAUGAUGCACUGUCCGCUUGUUUUAUACCUAUUUUCAGAUUAUGGUAAAAGACAUGAGAAUCCCCUCUCUUUUUCUUUAUGCAUUUGAUUCUUCAGUCUCCAGUUUCUAGUUCCUAGCAUCAAUUAUUAAUUCUUUUUAAAUGGUUAUGUUUCAGUGGUUGUCGUGUGUCAAGACACAGGUUUAUGUUGAUAUGUUUGAACGAUGAAACCAUGUAUACGAAGCCGCGUUAAACAGAAUUAAAAUAUCUUGGAAAUUACUGGCAAGAUUAGUUGUUUUUUUCUCUGCAAACAUACCUUUGGCUAAAAACUCCCAUUAAAACACAACUCAGAUCUCUCUUCUCUCAUAUCCAACUAGGGCGACAUUAGUCCAAAUCAAACCAAUCUAAGAAGUAAAAAGAACAAAUAAAUUACUUCAACAUCGCUAAAAUUUGCAACAAUCUAAAUUUUUUCUUUGAAACUGUUGGAGGAUCAAUGAUGACGAGAUGGCAAAAGCACUUGAUUCAUUUAAAGAGGAGUUUUUCUAUGUUACUCUAUCAACAACAGAACAGAUGAGGACUACGAUUGUCAUACGAAUAUACAAUAUGAUAGGCUCAUCCAUCUAAUUUCUAUUCAAGAAAUUUUUUUACCUGUCAUCUUCGUACAUCUGCUUUUCUUCGCUUAGAUAACUUUACCAAUUAAUCGAAAUUACAUCUCCGCGAAGAAAGCAGUCACUCUCUGAGGAACAUAUUUAUUGAAAUAUUUGCAAUUGUCAAUUGCAAAACAGAAGUCUCUGACCGUUGUACUGCUUGUAAUCAGCAGCUUAAUUUUUAAUUUGUUGAGACUUACCAUUUUAGAUUCAAAU